GACUUGACUUCCCUGGUGUUUUCGAAACUCAUCUCGUAGAGCGCGCGUGCUGGAAGAUGAGAUCUCGAUUAUUUCGACAUAAACCGUGGCUUGUUCAGAGACCUAGAGCAUCUAUGAUUAUUCAGGAGGAAGACCAGACCCAUGGCUUGGUACCCAUGGGCUUAUCAGCAAGACUUGGUGUGAAUAAUCACCACACGCGAUUGGGUAUAAAUAAUACCCCACAGGCGGUCCACAUUGAGAUGUUGAUGUUCACUAUUCUGCCAUCUACACGAUCCUCAGGUACAAGUUGUGUACCAGUAGAUCUUUCAGGAAAUCCCUGCCUCCAUUCCCCUAGACAAUAAAGCAAAAUGCCAUCCCAAGCUGUCCAGCGCAUCAGCAUUCGCUGGUUGCCUGAGCCUGCCUACGAAGACACCGAUACAAUCGCCCUCAAUGUAAGAGGGUACUUCAUUGAUUUGCGAGUCACCAAGGAGACUCGAACCAUUCAAUGGAGCCGCGCCGGCGAGCGAAUUACUCUCAAGACUGAGCCUCCAACAUUCCGAUGGACACACAUCAUCGACUCGCUGAAUCUCACAGUACCUGACGAUGCUCACUUCGAACGGCUUCCCAAUGGGGAUGACCUCGAGAUCGGGACUACACCCUGUCCUCACAAAGAUGGAGUCCGAACAGAUUACGAAGAGGUCUGGAGAGAUGUCACAACACGAGGCGCGGACAGUAGGCCGUCCUGGAUUCUACAGAGCAAGGAUGGGGCCACCUUCAUUGGAAAAGUUGGGCAUAUCUAUCUCGCCGUCCAUAAAGCGUCGGGGGUUGAAUUCGCCGCGCGACGAGAGGAUUACGAGUCUGAGCAUGGGAUUUGGAAGUGCGCAUUUGAGUCUGGAAAUCAAGCAAAAGUGCCAAAAUCGUCCGCAGUUGUGACACUCGCAGACGAGGAGGCACAGAAGUCGGUGGAUGGAGAUGUUGUUAGCAUUGAUGGUGUGGACUUCGUAUUUCGGGGUGUUAUUCAAGACUAAGGAUGGAUGCAUCAAGGUUCGGAACUGAAUCAAAACCCUGCUUCUCGUUCGAGCAAGUCAGCCAUUCCCCCAAGCCAGAAGACUUCAUUAUUUUCGAAGACGAUGAUCUCCCAAAGUCAAC